AGGAUUUAAAAUCAUUAAUUAUAGCUACAUUCCUUAAUUGAAUCAAUUAGCUUUCUAUUUAGAAUCCAUAAUUUUAGGUCAAAUAUUUACUGCCAGCCUUGACAACUUAGCAAUUGUAAUGAAAUUUACAAGUAGUUAUACUUAGAACCAACCAUCUAAGGCUGUAGCUUAUUAAUAUGACAAAGAUUAAAACUUAUUUAUAUUACUAGAUGAAGUAGGUAAUCUUCUAUCUAUUGAUUAUGAAAAUUAAUUUUUAACAUACUAAAUAACGAAAUUAGUAGAGUUUGAUAAUAAUUCUUAAUUCAAGAUUCUUGGAUUUGACUUAGAUUUCCAAAAUAAUAACUUAUUUGUUUAUACUUAAACUUAAAUUUUUAAGACAUGUUUUGGAGAUUUAAAUAAACCUGUUAUAAAAUUUAGAACAGAUAAAAAGAAGUUUUUUUCUUAAGUUAAUUAAUAAUAAUAAUCUCAAAUUAAUAUUAUUGAUAACAUCUUUAUGAUAGCAGGUGAUCAAGGUUUACUAUAUAAAUAUUAGAAUACUUCUUUUGAGUAUUAUUCUUAAUUCAAUGAGGAAAUUUAAGAAUUAACUUAUGAUUAAAAUAAUCAAUUAUUAAUAAUAGCUCUUUCAUAAUCAUUUAUGAUUUAUUCAAAUUUCAAUAAAAGUUCUCUUGAUAUUCCAAAUACACAACAAAAUAGUUAUAAUACCAUUCAUUUAAACAGCCCUUUCUUAUCUUUUAUUUGCAAUGAUAUUUACAUAACUAAAGAUAUGUAAAUAUAUCACUAUGAUUUUGUUAAUAAGUAAAUUAUUCAUUAAAUUUCACUAGAUAAGCCUAAUUUAUAUAUUCGAAAAUAAAUUUGCUCAAUUUAAUCUAAUUAUGUUUUUCUUGGUUUAAGUAAUGGUGAUGUAAUCAUCUACAAUAGAUAAACAUAUUAUUAAUUGAAAAUUACUUUGAUUCAGUAAUAACAAGGAUAAAUUUACCAGAAUUUACAAAUUGGGGAAUUGAUUGAAACCUCAACAGAUCUCUGGGUUUGUUAUCCUAGUGGUUAUGGAAUUUUUAGGAUAAAGAUUUCAGACUUAAGCUAUUCUCAAACAUUAAACUUUAAUAAUCUAAAAACUUUCUAACAGUUCAAGAAUCUUUAUGUAAUGAUCUUUGAAGUUGAUCAAAAUAACAAUAGGUUAUUCUUAAGUUUUGUAGGUGAAAGCUUACUAAGAGUUUUAGACUUUUAAGGUAAUAUCAUCUAGUAUAUAUCUUUACCUGGAUUGAUGUAUAAUAAAUUGAAGAUAACCCAAUAUCAUCUAUUAGCUUACACAACUUUUCAUAUAAUGAUUUAUGAUAGGAAUUCUUUAGUGUAUAUAUCAAGAAUUAGAAGAAAUAAUUUUUAUGACUUUAUUGUUAAUAUUGAGGAAGUGGCUGGUUAAUAUUUACUAUUAUUAACAGAAACUAAAUAUGAAAUGUUUUAUAUUAACUAAACUGCUUUUGAAGCUAAUUUAAUGGAUCAAAUUCAGAUCUAAAGUGCAACUUUUAUGAGCAUUUCUUAAAAUAAUUAGUAAUAUCCACCUAAUUCAUAAACCUAUGAUUAAAUUAUGCAAGUUUUAAUGCUUUCAUAAAGCUAAGUUUAUGAAUAGCGAUAUAAUUUAAAUUUUGAAGGUAAUCUAAAAAUGGAUAAAGUUUGUACUAUUGAUAUAUCUGUUAGCUCUUUAUAAGAUAUUACAAUAACUGCUAAUAAUAUAUAGCCAGUGCAGUUUUCAGAUACUUGCUAAAGAAAUAUGAUUCCUGUUUAGGACUCAAGCUCUAAUAAUAAAUGGGAUAUAUCAUUAUAAAAUAGUGAUAUAAGAAAUGUAAAUUUUAAUGAUACUCUCAACAGUGCCAUUUAAGUUUAAUCUAUAUAGAUGGAAAAAUGUUCAUAAAAUUAUAUAUGCUAGACAUUUCAAAUAUAUUAAGACUCAUUUUUGUCUUUUAGCAAAUAGGUUGUAUAAAUAAGAGACUUCAACUUUGAUUUUUAGUAUUUCUAGGGCAAUAUUUAAUUUUUUAGAAAAUCAGAUAAAGUGAUAUUUGAUAAUAUUUAGAUUUAAAACUAGAAUUUAACUAAUAUCUCAUUUUAAUUUUACAAUAUGACAUAAGUUGUUUUAAAUAAAAUUAAUUUUAUCAAUAAUUUAAGAGUACCCUCUAAUUAAAUUGAUAAUAUAAAUGAUGUAUUAUUCUAUUUUGAAAAUACUUAUACAGUGUAUUUAUAUAACCUAGUUAUUGAUAAUUAAAGCUAAAAGAAUAUUAGCUUUUCGGGUUUAAUUGGAGCUAAAAAUGUAUCUUCUAUGAAUAUUUUUAAUUUAGUAAUAAAAAAUUCUUAAGUUUCUGUCUUAACAAAUAUUAUAGAUGUUGAAAACCUUACUGUUAAUAAUCUUUAAAUAAUAAAUUGCUCAUCAAUAAACUCUAAUUAAGGUAUAUAUUUAUUAAACAUAAUAGGAGUAAUUAAUAAUAAUCUCUCAGAUAUUAUUAUUUAAAAUAAUUUUAAUCUACUUUUUAUUUUUACCACUAAUGUCAUUUAAGAAAAUAGUGUUUAAAAGAAUCUCUAAAAUGAUUAGAUAAUAUUAAAUAACAUAUAAAUAAUUAAUAAUUAAAUUCUAUACUCUGAUAGUGAAUCGCUAGUAUAAAUUAAAAAUACUUUAUCUUUCAUUAUAAAUAUUAUAUACUAAUUUAAUUAAGGAAACAUAUCUGUAAAUGAAUCAUUUAAAUUAAAAAUUCAAGACAGCUUUUUUUAACAAAACAAAUGCUUAAAUGGAGGAGCUUUAUCAAUUUAUUCUAGUUAAGAAAUAAUUUUAUUAUAAAAUACAACAUUUUUUUAGAAUCAAGCAAUUGCUAGCGGUGGAGCUAUUUACAUAGAAAAUACAAAUGCAUAGAUUUUUAUGGAUGAUAAGGUAAUGAUAUUACAUAAUUAGGCUCUUAUUGGUGGUGGAUUAAGACUAUUCAAUAAGUAGUCAAAUUAUCCUUAAUAAUUAAAUAAAUAUUAUUAAUAUUAAAUAUUUAAUAAUAGUGCUGAAUUGUACGGUAAAAAUUUUGCAUCUUUCAUUUAAAGUGCAACUAUUGGAGUUUUUUACAACGAAACAACAAAUAUAAUCAAUGCAAAUAAUAACGAUAAUAGUUAAUCUCAAAUAGAAUAUAACAUUAUAUUACCUGAAAAAAUGGGCAUUGCUGAUCAACAAAAAUAUUAAAAAAUUCUCUAGAUAUUUAAAUUUUAGAGUGGAGGUGAGGUUAGCCUUUUUAUAAAGUUAAUUGAUUCAGAAGGAACAUAUUUAAAUUUUUCACUUUUAAAGUUUUAGCAGAAUACUUAUCCUACUUCAAUAAUUGAGGAAUUGAAUAUCAUUUAAUUUAAAAUUUAGCCGAUUACUUUAGAUCAAAAUGUAGUUAUCGGUGGACAUAAUAUCAUAACAAUUUAGAAUUUUGAUGAGAAAAAUAAUUAAUUUGUAUUUAAUUAGAUUAAAAUAUCGAGUAUGCCAAACUAAACGACAUAUUUAACAAUCAAUCUUAAUACUCUCUAAAGUACAGCUAUGCUUCCAAUUUAGUUAUAGAUUUAUAUGAGAGUUUGUUUAAUUGGAGAAGUAGUUUAAAUAAUCGGAAAUAAUAUUUAUAGCUGCUAUUCAUGUCCUUCUGGACAGUUCUCACUGACUGAUCCUACAUAAGACUAGUUUUGGCAUAACAACAUAUCAAAAGAGAAUAAAAUUUAAUAAACUAAUUAAAAUUUAAAUAAAACAGAGUGCUAAAAAUGUCCAGAUUCUACUUCUAUAUGCUAAAAUAAUACAAUUAUCCUAAAAUAAGGAUACUGGAGAAAGAAUUAAAAUUCUUCUGAAAUAAUUUAAUGCUCUUCUAUUUUUAAUGCUUGUAAUAAUGAGGAUUAAACUAGCAAAUAUGGUUGUCUUAGGGGUUAUAUAGGACCAACUUGUAGGUCUUGCGAUAUAAAUGGAUAGGUUUGGGAUGGAGAAAAAUAUUCAUAGUCAUAUUAUAAUUAAAUGAAAUGUAAUUUAUGUAGCACAAUAAAAUUUAAUAUAAUAGUGACUUCAAUAGCUAUCUUAUUGCUAAUAUUAUAUUUCUUUAUAAGUACAGGCAUUUUUAUUGACUCCUUUACUCAUUCAUCUAUUUGCUUAUAUUUAAGAAAGGCCAGCAUGAUUCCUAUUUCAAAAAACUAAAUUAAAGAUUAAUCAAGCUUCUACUUAAAAAUUCUGAUAAAUUAUAUUUAAAUUUCCAGUGUUUUGGUUGCUUAAUAGCCAAAUAUUUUUCCAAUCAUUUUAGAAAUUUUACCUAAUUUCAUGAAUGAUCCAAAUUCCUAAAUCGCAUUAAAUAUAAAUUGUUUGGUAAGUUAAUCAUUAGUUUAAAAAUAUAGUCCUGUCCAUACUACUUAAGUCUUAUAAGCUAUUUUACCUCUUAUUUUUUUAACAAUGUCUGUUUUAAUAGCUGUAAUUUUUAAAUUACUGAAACUAUUUAGAAUAAAUAAAUUCUAUUUAUACAAUCUUAUUAACCUGAUAUUUGUAUUCUUUCAGCCAAACUAGAUAAAUUUUUUCUCAAAAUAAUUAACUUGUACCUAAAUUGGAUCAGAAUUUUAUGUCACUUCUGAUUUGACAAUUAAAUGCGGAGAUAAAUAGUAUGAUGCAUUCACUAAGAUUUUAGCUAUACCACUUAUUAUAACUUGGAGUUUAUCCCCUCUAAUAAUUUUAUUUUUUUUGAGAAAGAGAUCGUAGAUUCUUUAAACAUGCUUCUCAAUAUAUUAUUUUGGUUAUUAUUAUCAAGAAUAUAAAGAAUAAUUUUAUUAUUGGGAGUUUAUUCGCAACUACUUAAGAGUAAUUAUUGUUGUUACAUUUACUUUAACUUCUUAGUCCUUGCUUUUAAGUUUUUAAAUAGUCUUGCUUAUUCUAUUCUUAUAUAUUAUGACUAGCUUGUAUUUACUUCCAUUCAGAAAUAAAUACUUAUAGAAAUUUGACCUAUUUUGCUAUUUAAUUUUAACUAUCAACUCAACUCUUUCUACAUUCAACCAAUCAUUAAAUUAUUUUACUUUAACCGUAUUGAUAUUCUGCCUUCAUUAUGGUUUCAUGCUGAUCAUAUUAUUGGCUAUUAUUUUAUUCAAAAUUAAUAACCCUUUAACUAUGUUCGGAAGAAUUUUUAGCAAAUUGUUAUUGUUGAUAUUACCUACCUCUCUUUAUAAAAGAUUUUAUAAAAAUGUUAAGACUAAUUGGAAAACAUUUAUUUUAUGGAAAAAAGUUUUAAAAAACUUAAAAUUAAUUGUUUAGUUAAAAGCUUUAGAAAAUUUUAGCUAGGAACAAUUAGAACUUUAACAGAAUCAAAAGAAUUUAUCAACAAUUAUAUAAAAAAUUCAAAGUUAAAGUCCAAAUCAUAAUAUAAAAAAUCAUUGUAUGCUCAGCUUAGUAAGUGAUUCAGCUACCAAUAGAUUUUAUGAUCAAAGUGUGGGCACAGAAAAUCAAAAAGCUAAAAUAUAAACUAAUAUUGAUUAAAAUAGUGAAUAGUAAAUAUUUUCUGAAAUAAAUCAAAGUUAAAUUGAAUCAAAGUAGAUUUCAAAUAUUAAAGAAUCUAUUAAUUUAUUUAAAAAUGAUUCUUUAAAAGUUCAAAGGUUUGAUUCAAAUUAUGAGACCACAUUUAAAAUAAAGAAAUAGUUAGAUUUAUGUUAAGAUUAUUUAUUUUAACAAAAAUGA